GCUCUCUUUAUCAGAAUCUCUCAAUGUCUUCUUCUUGAUUUGCCCAAAGAGAAGUGAGGUGCAGCAAAAACAACAAGAACGAGCAGCAGUGACUGUUAUAAGAUCUCUGUGUUUAAAAUCACUUCGAUUCGAAGCCAGUCAAAAAUGGUCCAUCGGCGCGACAUGAACCGUCAGCAGCAUCCGCAGCCGCAGCCCUGUUAUCCUCAGUAACCGAACUCGCAAAACGUGUGCGUAUGUGUGACAACAGCGUUGUUGUCACGUUUUCAGUUAUUCAAACAUGGAUAUUUUGCUGUUGUCAAAAUAAAAAGAGCGCCACCAGAAGAAGAAGCAAUAAUCCCCAAUAAGCAACAUACCGACAAGACAAGAACACAACACAAAAAUAUUUCCGUUAAAUAAACGACAACAAAACAACAACAAUCAAAUGCAUAAUUAUGAUGGAUUACCUGUUUUGUUCCAAAGGAGCAUCUGCAUAUGUGCGGAACUUUAAAUGCAAGUUACAAUUGCAUUAACAUAAAAGGUUUUGGAAAACAACUCAAGCUAUGCAUUCUCUAUCCGUCGAACUAUAGAAUCGGUAAUUAAACUUUACAAUAAAUAAGGCAUCAAUCAAACUGGCGUCGUUAAAGGGAAAUAACGACCAUACUUGCAAUUACAAUAAUUAUAUAAUGUGGAGUAGUACAAUAUCACCAACAAAUUCUAAGAAGCUAUUGAUCGGUAGUAUACGAAGCGUUGAUUAUGUCGGUGAUAGUGCGAAAACAGCAGCAGCCAAUAAUAAGACAGCAGCAACAGGAGCAGCUACAAAAGGAUCAGCGACAAAAUCACAACAAAAACCAACAACAGCAACCACCAUUCCAGCGAAUACAACAAAAAUCUCAAUUGAAAUGGAGAUACAUAUACAAAAUAAGUGCAUUUCGGCAUAGCGUAUCACUCUGGAGGGUGGUGGAGAGCCGCCAUGGCUGCAGGGCCCCCUUAAAGCAGCAUUUUUGGGGGCUACUGGCGUCGGCAAAACAAGCAUAUUACAGCAAUUUUUUUACCAUGACUUCCCAAAGACUCAUCAGACGACAACUCAUCGCAAAAUUUAUAAAAACUGUCUGGUGUGCGAUACCUGCAUACGGGAGCUGAUGGUACUGGAUGUUCCUCCCCAGAAGAGAUUUCCGGCUGAUAACUUUGCUGAAUGGAAUAAUGGACAUCCGCUGGGGCUGCGAACGGUGCACGCCUAUGUUCUAGUUUAUGAUAUGGGCAAUUUGGAAACGUUUCAGUAUUGCCGCUCCAUUAGAGAUCAAAUCUUGGAUAGUUUCAGUCAUCGUGAUUUUAGCAUAAUUGUGGUGGGCAAUAAAUAUGACAAUGUUUCUGAAGCCCAGGCUAACUCGCAGGAGCUCAAGGACAUUUCUACGCUGGUGCGUAAGCAUUGGCGUUGUGGAUAUGUAGAGUGUUCGGCACAAUACAACUAUAAAAUCGGCGACGUUUUUCGCGAGCUAAUGGGCUGCAGAAGCGGUGGCGUCAGCGGCACAACUGUCGGCGUUCUUGUUGGCACUGAGUACUCACAAUCGACUAGAAAUAAAGGACGCUGCACAAUACUCUAGCAAAUGCUGAAUAAGUUAUUUAAACAAGCAUUUUAUUCUAGAGAAUAAUACCCAAGCGAGUGUUUCAGCUGAGCUGGGACGUGCCGAUGAUUCCGCAUUCUCUUUAGCAUAGUAACUGAGAGCUAACUACGUCAACAAUAAUGGCCCCUUUCAAGCGCUUACUGAUGCAUCUUUUAGCAUACGCUUAUAUAUGUAUUUAUUUAUAUAUACAAUAUAUUUUGUUGCCGACACACUUUGCAGGUUAGCUCAUGCCCUCUAUCUUUGCCUCACCUUAUUCUUGUUGGCCAUUGUGUCCUUGCUUUUGUUUUUCCAUAAUUUGAACAUUAUGCUCGCUCCUUUAUUUGAUCCAACAUUUAUUCCAUCCUUGCUUAUUGUGACUCUGAGCUGCAUCGCUAGCAACCUUUGAUACAUUCACAAUUGCAAUGUUAAGUCUCAAAGUUGUAUGUCGGAAACUAUAGGAACAUUUACAAAAACAAGAAAUUCUAAACGUUACAAUUGUUAAAAAUCUGCUAAUGGAAAGCUUGAAUUAUAUUAUAUUAUUUUUUGUACGUAAUAGGCAAUUAAUCCCACCAUAAUUUACAAUACAUUUUACGAAUAAAUAUUGUUAACACAACAGGAGCGAUAAAAUAAAAAUCCAUCAAUAUAAAUUGUAUACUUAUACAUUAGAUAUAUAUAGGCAAAAUAGUGUAUACACACAUAUAUAUAUAUAUAUAAAACUUCAUUAACGUUGUGAUCAUUUCAAGAAUUAGUUAUUAGGCACAAGACGAUAAAUAUGUCUGUUAAAGUCAAGUAAAAAGAAUCCCUUUAAAGGUUACCAAAUAAAUAAAUAAUACACCCUUUUAAAUUUAGAAAAAUACGUAUUUAAAUAUUUAUAAGAAAUGCUAAUGCAAUUGAAAUUGUUUUAUUGCAGCAAUUUAUUAAAUACUGCCGAAAGCCUCAACACGAUAGCAAACAGUUUAAUAGUUUCUCAGCCCUUAUAUUUAUUGUAUUCAUUUAAAAAAAUGACACAAUAAAAUUAAGUAUUAUUAAAUUAAAUGAAAAGGAAAAAAAAACAAGAAUUGUUGCCUUAAAACAAUUUCUUUUAAUUAAUCUUUAAUUUUUAGCGCUACAUUGUAUUUAACGCCAACUGGCGCCAAAAUACUACAAAUAAUUAAAGCAUCAAGCCUUAACCAAUGCAACCCGAAAAAAAAAGUAUUUCUUAAUAGACCGAUUAGUUCUAAAAUUAGCGUUGCAAUUUUAUAAAGCGCACAAGAAAACAAUUGCUUUAUUGUUAAUUUAAGAGCAAAUACACAUUUGAUGAACUCAUAUUUAUUUUCAAAUAUAUGUAUAUUUUUUCGGGCUAGAAAAAUAUUGCCUAGCUCACUAGGUAGGUAACUGUUAAGUUUCCACAAUAAAAUUGCUGACCUAAAAAUAACAAUUACUAUUUUCACAACAAAUCUACGUAGAUCUAUACCGAACUCUUUCUUUACCUCAACAAAACUCGAAAGAUAAGCAAUCAAGUCUGACUUUGUACAUAGAACUUUCAAAACUUUCGUAACUGCAAUAUAUAAAAGGCAAACACAUUACAUAACUAAAUUUAAUCAAUGUUUACAGCAAUAUACUUGAACUGUGAACAAACACCAAAACUAGUGAGUCUUUAUAGUGAUUUAUGCUGAAGACAAUUGAGCGCACUGCCAAUCGGGUCGGUCAAUGAAAUCACCUCAAGUUCAGUGCUCAAUUAAAAUCGAGAUUAAGAAGCCUAUCAAUAAUGUGAAUUUGCAUCACAAUUGAUGUGGCCACGUACAUUUUUGAAUUUAGCGAAGGGUAAAAUUCAUAGGCAAUAAUAAUGUUUAAAUUAAAGCGACACAAAUGUUUAAAAAUAAAAAGUAGUUGAAAUUAUAUUUAAACCUUAAACUGUAGCAUUGAUGCUUUGAUAAAAAAUAUAUAUGUAAAAUUACCCGAAAAUUGUAUAAUAGUUAUACAAAUGUGCAGCCAAAUACAUUGACUUGUUGAAAUGUGUUCAUUAAAUAUCAAAAUUCAUAAAAUUACCUUCGGCCAAACUGAAAAUCUAUAUAAAUUGCUCAUUAAUGUACACAAAAAUGGUUUACGCGGACAUCAAACUAUUUGUAUAAAAUAUACGUACUGUACUUUAUAAUAAAUAAUGUACAUGUAUUUAGUUAGUUUUCUUUCAUAAUUUCGAAAGAUUACGGAUUCGUCAAAAUGGCUGUUAAUUUUUGAAUAUAAAAUAUGCUAAAACCGAUUCACAAUGAAAAACCAACUAAUAUAUACAAAAAUACAAAAUUGCGGUUGAACUAAAUUUAAGCAACGCGUUGCCUGCUACAGUAAAACGUAAAUACUUGUAGUUAUGUACUUACAAAUUAACAUAUAAAUAAAACAUCAAUGACUCAAAUGCAAUAUGA